UCCUCUGACACCGCCUGGUGUAGAGGUCCUGGAUGGCAGGCAGCUUUGCCCCAGUGAUGUAUUGGGCUGUAUGCACUACCCUCUGAAGCAUUGUACGAAAUCUUCAGUUUCUUGGCAAUUUCUCGCAUGGAAUAGCCUUCAUUUCUCAGAACAAGAAUACACUGACGAGUUUCAGAAGAAAGCACUUCGUUUCUGGCUGUUUUGAGCCUGUAAUCAAAUCAAAGUUUAUUUGUCACGUGCGCUGAAUACAACAGGUGUAGAACUUACAUUUACCAACAGUGCAAUUUUUAAGUAAAAAAUAGGUAUGAGUUGAACAGUAAGUAAAGAAAUAAAAAACAACAGUAAAAAGACAGUGAAAAAUAACAGUUGUGGCUACCGGCAUGAAAGAGCACCAGUAAGCCAGUGACUCAGCCCCUGUAAUAGGGUUAGAGGCAGAGAAUCCCAGUGGAGAGAGGGGAACCGUCUAGGCAGAGACAGCAAGGGCGGUUCGUUGCUCCAGAGCCUUUCCGUUCACCUUCACACUCCUGGGCCAGACUACACUCAAUCAUAUGAUCCACUGAAGAGAUGAGUCUUCAGUAAAGACUUAACCUGUCUAGCCCCCGGGUUCUGCUAGCGGAACCCCCCCCCACAUUCCACUGAAAAGGCAGCGCGCGAAAUUCAAAAAAUAUUUUUGUUGAAAUAUUUAACUUUCACACAUUAACAAGUCCAAUACAGCAAAUGAAAGAUAAACAUCUUGUGAAUCCAGCCAACAUGUCCGAUUUUGUAAAUGUUUUACAGCGAAAACACCACGUAUAUUUAUGUUAGCUCACCACCAAAUACAAAAAGCACAGACAUUUCUUUCACAGCACAGGUAGCUUGCACAAAACCCCCAAAUAGAGAUAGAAUUAGUCACUAACCAAGAAACAACUUCAUCAGAUGACAGUCUUAUAACAUGUUAUACAAUAAAUCUAUGUUUUGUUCGAAAAAUGUGCAUAUUUCAAGUAUAAAUCAUAGUUUUACAUUGCAGCUACAAUCACAAAUAUCACCAAAGCAGCUAGAAUAACUACAAAGAGCAACGUGAAAUAACUAAAUACUCAUCAUAAAACAUUUAUGAAAAAUACAUGGUGUACAGCAAAUGAAAGACAAACAUCUUGUGAAUCCAGCCAAUAUUUCAGAUUUUUUAAGUGUUUUACAGCGAAAACACAAUAUAGCAUUAUAUUAGCUUACUACAAUAGCCAACCACACAACCGCAUUCAUUCACCGCAAAGGUAGCGAUCGCAAAAAAACAGCAAAAGAUAUAAAUGUAUUCACUAACCUUGACAAACUUCAUCAGAUGACAGUCCUAUAACAUCAUAUUACACAAUACAUAUAUGUUUUGUUCGAAAAUGUGCAUAUUUAGCGGUAGAAAUUGUUGUUUUACAAUGUGAAUACGUAGUCAAAAUGCACAAAAUGCUACUGUGAUAUCAACGUGAAAUAAUCUACAGUGGAUCUACUUUUUACUUUUCUUUUUUUAAUUGUCCGGAGAAAUCUUGGACCUAAUCUAAUCAAAUAACUCAUCAUAAACUUUACUAAAAAAUACAUGUUGUACAGCAAAUGAAAGAUACACUAGUUCUUAAUGCAACCGCUGUGUUAGAUUUUUUAAAAUAACUUUAGUACGACAUACAGCUUACGUUAUAGCGAGACAGCGCCCAAAAUAAGGGCGGAAAAUAUGACUAAACAUUUUCAACAGAAAUACGAAAUAACAUCAUAAAUGGUUCCUACUUUUGAUGAGCUUCCAUCAGAAUGUUGUACAAGGGGUCCUUUGUCCAGAAUAAUCGUUGUUUGGUUGUAGAAUGUCCUCUUCUCCUGUCGAAUUAGCAACCAAAGCUAGCCAUGUGGCGCAAACGUACCCAACUUCACAUGACACAAAGAAAAGAAAAUUACGAAAAUCGCGAUUAAACGUUCAAUAAACUGAUAUAACUCGGUUUAAAAUAACUACUUUAUGACGUUUUUAUCACAUAUAUCAAAUAAAAUCAGAGCCGGAGAUAUCUAACGUCUACAGUAAUCCCUCGUUUAUCGCGGGGGUUACGUUCCGAAAAUGACCCGCGAUAAGUGAAAUCCGCGAAAUAGAAAACUUUUUUUUUUUUUACAAUUAGCAACUAUUACAUGUAUACAAAUACAGUGACUCACGUGUAGGCCGUUUCACUGCUCUUCAGACUGGGCCGCUGCAUCCUGACUGCGCUCUGCAGUGUUCUCUUCUUCUGAAGCCCGCGGUGCAGGUGUGUUUGUUCGGGAGAAGAACAUAGUGAUAGGCAGCUGUUGUCGCUCUUUUUUCUUCUUUGCAAAAAGAUCCUUGUACACCGACAUGCCACCAUCGAUUACGUUGGAGAACUGUAAUGAACGGCUCAUCAAAGGGUCCCAUUCCUCAGCUACUCGCUUAAGUUCAGUGGCCAUUCGCACCAUGGUUGCUAAGCGACCAAGCGUUAGUCCUUCCUCCUCAUCUCUCGUGUCCAAUUCGUAGCAUGUUUUGAUACAAGAAGCGGGAGUGAGUUUUUAGCGAAUCAGAAUGCAGAGCACAAUGCACCAAAAAAAAAAAAAAAAUGCAUUAUGAAAAUCCGCGAAAUAGCGAAUCCGCGAUAAGUGAACCGCGAAGUGGCGAGGGAUCACUGUAUACCGAAAACUUUUCAGAACGCAGUCUGGGGUUCCUUCUCGCGCCUUCCAAGACAAUGAAAAAUCCAGACACGUCAUUCCAAAAGCUCUUGUUCGGCCUCAGAUCAAGCUAGACACCCCAUUCCACCUCUCACUGCCUGUUGACAUCUAGUGGAAGGCGUAUGCAGUGCAUGUAGAUCCAUAGAUUUCAGGCUAAUGAAUAGGAAGGCCCUGGAACAGAGCCUCGAUUUCAGAUUUUUCACUUCCUAACAGGAAGUUUGCUGCAAAAUGAGUUCUGUUUUACUCACAGAUAUAAUUCAAACGGUUUUAGAAACUAGAGAGGGUUUUCUAUCCAAUAGUAAUAAUAAUAUGCAUAUUGUACGAGCAACAAUUGAGUACGAGGCCGUUUAAAUUGGGCACGAUUUUUUCCCAAAGUGAAAAUAGCGCCCCCUAUCCCAAAGAAGUUGAGACCGAGUCUGCGUCUCUCACAUGGGUAGGCAGAUCAUUCCAUAAAAAUGGAGCUCUAUAGGAGAAAGCACUGCCUCCAGCUGUUUGCUUAGAAUUUCUAGGGACAAUUAGGAGGUCUGCGUCUUGUGAGCGUAGCGUACGUGUAGGUAUGUACGGCAAGACCAAAUCUGAAAGAUUAUAAACAUACUAAAACGUGCUCAAUUCAAUUAGUCCCUUUCCAACAGUCCCUCAUCUGGAACAGUGAUCACCCCCCUCUCUCCCGGCUCUCAUUCGUCUGGCGUAUCUUCAUUUUCUUCUUUGGAUAGCUUUACAGUUCAUCCUCCCAAUGGCACACAUGUAACUCACGCAUGUCAAAGUGAAUGGCCCUUGAUAAUGUCCCCGAUUUCAAUAUCUGGGGAAUAAUCUGAUUUUCCCAAGCAGACAAAGCACACGAAUGUCUCACCACCAACCUUUACGGUCCAUUCUGUAUUGUCCAUUUCUGUCUUGUCCAUUUUACAAGCAGUACACCAGCAGCAUGAGAUAAGUUUGGACAUGAUCUCUCUCCAUGCUCACUCCACGUGGACGGUCUCAGGACUCAUGCUGCGCUCCUGAAAGAAAAGGCAUUGAUAGCUUCGACUGGAUGCUGUACACCGUUUGCUGGCUCGGACUCAUGUCUCAGUGUAGGAAGAUCUGCUCCUUUAAGAGAUGGAGAAGAAAGCUCAAAGUCUUUCAAUAUGGUGUUGGGAGGAGCCCGUUGCUGAAAUGAAACUAAACAGCAGAGCUGAAUGUUGAGGACCUGAAGACAUUUCCUCCUUAUACAUUUCUCUGAACACUUGCCAGUCCCCUGAACUCAGUCUUACUUUGGGAUUCAAGAGAAAAAUAAGAUAAUUCAACAAUACACAUCAUCUCAGGCAUGGCGUGAGCUAACAAUCCACAGUCUGAAAUGCAGUUAAUAUGCAGUAUAUGUGAGGAGGUGCUCAAGAAACCAGUCACAACCCCAUGUGGGCACAACUUCUGCAUGGAUUGUAUCAGAGAAUACUGGAAAAACAAUGUCCUGUGCCAGUGUCCACAGUGCAAGGAGAAAUUCCCUAACAUAUCUGAGCUAAAAGUCAAUACUCAAUUAUCUAAAAUGGUUGAUGAGUUCUGGAAUCCAUUUGUGGUAAAUACCACAAGCCCCCAGGACCAAUGCCUGGACCAUCCUAGAGAGGUGUCCUAUGAUAUCUGUGUUGGGAGGGAGAUCAAGGCUGUGAAUUCUUCUUUUGAGGCCUCUUACUGUGAGACUCCCCUGGAGCCCAAUCAGAGAGUCGCAACCUUGAGGAGACAACAGCAUGUAGAGAAUCCUGAAGAACAUAUGUGUGAGAGGCAUGGGGGAUGUCUGGAGUUCAAGACCGACUACAAUAUCCACAACACUGUCGCUCUUGAAGUGGAAACCAGAAAGAAUAAUGUACAGUUAGGAAAGGCUGAAGUGCAGCAGAUGAUUCAGGGCAGACAGCAGAAAAUGAUUGAGAUCAGAAAUAGAAUACAAUCUAGCGGAAUAAAUGCAGAGCAAGAGGUAGAGAACAGUUGUCAGACCUUUAGAGCUUUAAUGCGCUCCAUUGAAAGAAGCCAGGCUGAACUCAAUGACGUGAUUUCAGAAAAGCAAAAGGAAACCAAAAGGCUGGCUGAAGGGCUCAUUAAAGAGCUGGAGCAGGAAAUCACUGACCUAAAACUCCUCCAGAGCUCACCAUCCCUGUGCACCUCUCCACCCACCAAGGACUGGUCUGAGAUCAGGGUUCAGAGUGUUGAGAAUGUCGGCAUGGUGAGGAAAGCUGUGAAGAGAGCUGGCUCUCAGUUUGAAGAUGCACUGAAGAGUGAAAUGAAGAGGUUGUGUGAGGCUGAGCUCAAGGUUAUUCAGCAGUGGUCAGUGGAUGUAACUCUGAACCCUGAUACAGCUCAUCCCAAUCUCACUCUCUCUGAAGAUGUGAAACAACUUAGACAUCCCGGUAGACGACAGAACUACCCUGGCAAUCCAGAGAGGUUCUUCUAUAUUGCCAGCGUCCUGGGAAAGGAGGGCUUCUCCUCAGGAAGAUUCUACUACGAGGUGCAGGUGAAGGGAAAUAGUCUCUGGAGUGUAGGAGUGGCCAGAGCGUCCAUUAAAAGAACGAUUCAUGCAGCAAAGCCUGAGAAUGGACUCUGGACUAUCCAGCUGGGGAAAGGGAAUGUCUACAGGGCCUGCACCACUGACCCUACCCCCCUCUCCCUGAGUGAGAAGCCCCAGAAGGUGGGGGUCUAUGUGGACUAUGAAGAUGGUGAGGUCUCCUUUUACAAUGCCCAGGCCAGAUCUCAUAUCUACUCGUUUACCGAUUGUUCCUUCACUGAGACACUUUACCCGUACUUCAACCUUGGGGUUUGUGGCAUUGACAAAAUGUCAGCACCGUUGAUCAUCUCUCAUGUGAGCCAAUCAGAUUGAGAUUUAACUCGUAUCGAUUACAUUCUAAAGAAAACUGAACAUUCCAUGCAUUGAUUUAUAUUGAAUAUUUAGAGAGGUAUAUAUUGUAUCUUACCAGGAAAUCUAGAAUCACAUUUGCUGGGCUUUAUUGUUAUGUCCUUUACGAUUGUAUGAUGACAUACUGAAAAUGCAGCUCAUUACUAAUCCUGCCCCAAUAUGUCUCUGUAUCUAAUUUAUGUGGAAAUAUUAAAUUGAAUCCUCUUUGCAUUGAACUGAUCUGAAAUGUGCAUACUUUUUUCAAUGGUUUUGUUAUUUGGCCUCAGUAAAUCUUCUGGGCUACAGCACAAUAAAAGCUUUGUGAACUCCUACAUAAUAUGAACAGGAAGUGUGAAUGUAUUAGAUACAUGGCAACCAUAAUACAUGGUUCAGCUGAGAGAGUCCUGUCAUGUUACGGGUUAAUUCAGCCAUGUACUGUACCUUUAAGAGCAGCUGCAUUUCAGCUUAGCAGUAAGGGACCGGGACAAGCCAUGGUAAUGUCACCUUCUAAAAUGAGACUAAACUAGAGAACUUUGUGCUUUAGCAUGACCAAAUUCCCUCACAAAUCUCUCUACACAGCCUAGUAGAGUACAAAAUAUUUCGUCUUUGACAUUGCUGUUCUUCUGAAUACAGAGAUGGGAGUGGAGCUGCAGAGGCAGUCUCUCUCCCCAGUGCUCUGUGCAGUGGUCUGGACUAUUCUCUCCUGUGGCAUCCUGCUGGCGUUCUGCUUCCUGCUCUUUACCCUGCGCUUCAAGAACAACAGGAUAGUGAAGAUGUCUAGUCCUAACCUUAAUGUGCUGACUCUGUGUGGGAGUGUCCUCACCUACAGCAGUGGAUUCCUAUUCGCUUUUGAGGAACGCACCCACCUACAAGGGGGAGGAGUGAGAGCUAUACUACAGGCCAGGAUCUGGAUGUUUUGUAUCGGCAGCACUCUGGUAUUUGGGCCCAUCCUGGGGAAAACAUGGCGGCUGUACAGAGUGUUCACCCAACGCGUGCCUGACAAGAGAGUGAUCAUCAGAGACAUCCAGUUGAUGGGCUUGGUAGCUCUGUUGAUUCUGCUGGACCUGCUGGUUCUGACUGCUUGGAGUCUAACCGACCCGGUCAAAUGUGCACUGUCCAUUGGGGCUAUGGUCAAGGUGGUGGAGAGGGAAUUGUCCUACUCUCUGUCUCAGCUGGACUCCUGUUCCUCUCUCUAUUCAGACCUGUGGUUUAUCCUCCUCGCUGUGAUGAAGGGUGGCCUGCUCCUGUAUGGGACCUACCUGGCCGGUCUGACCAGCAACGUCAGCCUCCCUCCGGUCAACCAGUCCCCCACCAUCAUGACCGCGGUCAGCCUGGUCACCCUGUCCACGGCGGUUGCAGUCCCAGUGUCACGGUUCCUGCAGGCCUGGCCUAACGUGGUCUAUAGCGUGGUAGCUGGAGCCAUCUUCAUCUGUACCCUCGCCACCAACUGUAUGCUGUUUGUACCUCAGUUAACCCAGUGGCGUCGGUUUGAGGAGGAGCACAACAACCUUAGCCAGAUGGCGAAGUACUUUAGCAGCCCCAGUAAGAGUGUCCACUCUGUCUACAGCCAGGAUGAAGUCUACUAUCUACUGGGGGAGAACAACUCUAUGAAGAGGCUCCUCAAUGAGAAGAAUGCUGUAAUUGACAGUCUGCAGGAGCAGGUGAACAACGCCAAAGACAAGCUAUUGCGCCUCAUGUCCAAUACCCACCCUCACGAGGACCAGGAAAUGGACUCUUCCACCACCAACCUCCACUCCUCCUCCACCCAGACCACAGUGGUGCCGUCCGACUGCUCUCCAACUUCCCUGCCACAGAGGGACGUAGCAGAACCUACCCCCUCUUCUCAUCCUUUCUCUCCAUCUGCUCAGUCUGCUCCUCCCACUACUUCUGCUCUCUGUACACCUCCUUCUGAAUCGACCUCUGCUCCUCUCUCUUCUCCUCCCCCUCCUGCCCUCUCUUUUCCCCCAGGGGAUUGUGUGAGUGUUAAACCGUGCAGUGUAGAGUUUGGCUCAUACAUCCAGGGUGCAGGGAUGGAGACAGAGGCAGGGGGGUGUAAGGUUGAGGGGACUGUGUCCCAGCAGCAGUGUGGAGCGGAAAGGUCUCACCUCCCAUUCUCCCCUCAGCCCUCUGUUUCUUCCAAGAUAGGAGUCAGAACACCAGGGGAGAUGGGAGGGACACAAACCACACCCUCCUGUCAGUCAAACUAUGUCACUUCCUCAUCCACUCUCCCCCCGGUGGGUUUGGCCCCUGCUCAGUCGGAACCGUCAGGUUGCCAUGGCGAUACCACAUCACCAUGGAUGGCAGGUGUCAGGCAGGCAGGGUUUGUGAGCAGUGAGCAGCUGCAGGAGAUACUCCAGGAACUGAGCGUGGACGCUGUCAUGGAAACGGCCCUCCGCUCACCAAAUCACAGCAGGGGGUUCAGGAGACCCUCUCAACCCUCCUCGACCAAUCCCUCUGUUCUCUCUCCUCUCUCCCUCUGCACUCCUCAUUCCCCCAAUCCCCCUCUCCUUUUCCGCUACCCUAGUAUCUCCCCCUACGUAAUGAGGAAACGCAGACCUCCAUUCCAUUCCCCAAGAUGGGGGCCUCCACCCUGUUACUACCCAGGCUCCGAGCCUCCUGGUUGGGGAAGGAGGAGCGACACGGGGCUCUCACAACCAGACAAGCACCUCUCAAAAACACAACCUCUGCUCAAUCCUGCCGCCACAGAGACUAAUCAUCUCCACCUCGACGACAGUGAUGGAGAAGAAGGGCUAGAGGCGUGGCACAGGGUAACAAACAGGUGCGGGAGGCGCAGCUCAAGGCGGGAGCACCGGCCACCACCCCUUCGAAAAUGCCCUCCAGAUGGUGACGGGGUUGGUGAGGGAGGGCCAGACAGAGACCGUGGCAGGGACUCGUAUGGUUACUGGGACUCAGACUCCAGCAGCUUGGCUGACUACUCCUACUACCAUCGUCCCUACUGCGACGCCUGCUUGCAACACGGCUCCUACCCCUCCAGCGACAGCUCCUCCUCAGACUCCUCGGACAGUGAGUAUGGCGGCUUCACCAGCCUCUGCCGCUCCACACAUCCGGUGGUCAACUUCAAGGAGGACCUCAAACCGACCUUCGUAUGAGCCUGUCUGGAACCUAGACUGAACCGGUGCUGCGGGAGAAUCAUUCAAGUGAAACUGUGUUGUAAUUUACUUUCAAUGGCCAGUUCACGGCUGAACAAUUGAGUUUACACACUGUUGUAACACUAUUUAGAAGUGGUAAAUUGAGCAGGAACUAAUGCUAGAAAAGCUUGCCUUGUACCCAUCCAAGAUGGCUAAUUUGAAGGAAAAACAUCUGAUUUUGAAUUCAACAAUGAAUCUUCCUUAUCUAUGUGUGGAGUACGAGUACCCUAGCAACACAUUACCUCACAGCAAUCACAUUACAGGCUUUUUAAUUGGUUGCAAGUGCUUUAGAAAUGGGACCAAGAUGCAGUGUGUUGUUCAAUGGGUCGAGUUUGUUGUAUGAUGAUUGGGAUCUGAUUUUAAUUUAUUGACUUUGUCAUUAACUUAUUGCACUGACUGCCAUUGUCUCUAGGUCAUGUUAAAGAAAAUGUAUAUUUGUAGCUAAAUAAGAUACAAUAUUUAGAUCAUAUAGAUUGUUGCAUGUUACAAAAAAACACUGGAUUUUAUUGAUCUGUUACCAUCUCUUUUAAUCCCCCCUACUUUGAAUAGAGCCCACCAGGGAUGGAGUGCAGGGUCACCAUUGUAAAGAAUACUAUUAUAUCAAUUUUGUCUGAGUUUUUAUGAUCUUUAUGCUUUUGUUUACCUUUUUAUACAUCAAAAUCCCUCAAUGCACUACGUUGGUAAUGUUAUUGAUUUGAGUGUUAUGUGUGUGUGAGUGCGUGCGUGCAUGUGUGUGGCGUGCAUGUGUGUGUGCACAAUGUACUGAAAUCAUUGCAUUUUAAUUGGAAGCUCUGCCUCCAAUUCUAUCAAUUGUAAUUCUCUGUGAGCUGAUUGAUUAUUAAAUUACCUGUUGGCAUUUGUCCUCCGGUCCCCUCUGGUCCCAAUUCA